CGAUGAGCGGACUCGAGUCGUCGGAGAUCUGGGGCGCGGAGGAGGAGCUGGACCCGGAGGUCCUGCUCAUGUCGAACGAGGAGCUGCGGCAGCGUAUCCGGCUGCUGGACAACAACAUCCGCAUCAUGCGCAGCGACAUCCAGCGCAUCAACCACGAGAGCAACUCGCAGCGCGAGCGCAUCAAGGAGAACAACGAGAAGGUCAAGCUCAACAAGCAGCUGCCGUACCUCGUGGCCAACGUGGUCGAGGUGCUGGAGCUCGAGGACGACGAGGACGAGCAGGACGGCGCCGCCACGGACGUGGACGCGCAGCGCAAGGGUAAGAGCGCCGUCAUCAAGACGAGCACGCGCCAGACCAUCUUCCUGCCCAUCCCGGGCCUCGUGGACUCGACGACGCUCAUCCCGAACGACCUCGUGGGCGUCAACAAGGACAGCUACCUCAUCCUGGAGAAGCUCCCGAGCGAGUACGACUCGCGCGUCAAGGCCAUGGAGGUGGACGAGAAGCCCACGGAGGAGUACAGCGACAUCGGCGGUCUGGACAAGCAGAUCCAGGAGCUCGUGGAGGCUGUGGUGCUCCCCAUGACGCACAAGGAGCGCUUCGAGGCCAUCGGCAUCCUGCCGCCCAAGGGCGUGCUGCUCCACGGGCCCCCGGGAACGGGCAAGACGCUGCUGGCGCGUGCCUGCGCCAAGCAGACGGACGCCAUCUUCCUCAAGCUGGCGGCCCCGCAGCUGGUGCAGAUGUUCAUUGGUGACGGCGCCAAGCUCGUGAGGGACGCGUUUGAGCUGGCCAAGGAGAAGUGCAAGGACGAAAACCGUGGUGGAGCCAUUAUCUUCAUUGAUGAGCUGGAUGCCAUUGGUACGAAGCGAUUCGGUGGCGAGCAGUCGGGUGACCGUGAAGUACAACGUACGAUGCUGGAGCUGCUCAACCAGCUGGAUGGUUUCACCAACAACACGAAGAUCAAGGUGAUUGCUGCCACGAACCGUCCUGAUGUGCUGGACCCCGCUCUUCUGCGUUCCGGACGUCUCGAUCGCAAGAUUGAGCUGCCGCACCCGACCGAAGAAGCGCGCGCUCGUAUCCUGCAGAUUCACUCGCGUAAAAUGAACGUGGACACAGAAGACACCAACUUCGAUGAGCUGGCGCGUUCCACUGAUGACUUCAACGGCGCACAGCUGAAGGCGGUCUGCGUGGAGGCUGGUAUGCUGGCACUGCGCCGCGAGAGCAACGUGAUCAAGCACGAGGACUUCAUGGAGGGAAUUUCCGUCGUAGCAGCCAAGAAGAAGGCUACCCUGCAAUACUACGCUUAG